GCGGUCGUGGACUCGCAGCAAGACACAAAACCCCAGGUACAAGAUAUACACCACUUUGGCCCAGUAUUAGGCAAAAGCUGUUUGGUCCUGUGGUUGUUUUGCUGGCAUAUCAAAACACAACACAUACACAACACGCACCUUGCAUUACUGCGCAGCGCCGAGGUGCUCACCUCUUGUUCAAAGUUCCUCCUGCACGCGCCCCGCGCCACAGAAGUAUUGCUCCAAUCCAGAGUUUGUGUCUUGAUCCGCUGUUGA